AUGGAUAUGCUUAUGGCCACAAAUAUUUUAGAUAAUAUUAUUUGCCAAAUUAAAGAACUUAGAAAUGAUUGUUCAUUUAAAAGAUUACUAAAAAGGACAGAUGAGUUUGCUGAAAAUAGUAUUGUUGACUUUUUACCUCUUGUAUCUAGUCGACUGAAACGUGUUCCAAGAAAAUCAGGUGAACUAUCUCGGGAUGAAAUUAUAUCAUGUCCAAUGAAAAAAUUUAAAAUUGAUACAUACAAUGUCAUAAUGGAUAUUCUAUUAACAGAAUUAAGUGGACGUUUUGAAAGCACCAACAUAGGACCCCUUAAAGACUUAUCUCUUCUUUCAUCUAGACGUAUUCGAGAAGUUCAAACUAAUCCACACAUUGUACCUUGUGAUGCCUUUGACGCUUUGUGUUCCAUGUACACACUAAUCGAUAAAAACGCAUUAUUAACAGAAUAUAUUGAAUUUUGUAAAAAUUUUACAGAAAUAGAAAACAGUAUUGUACUCCCUAAGUAUUUUAACAAAAAUGUAACAGUUGAUUAUGAUUAUUAUUAUUAUUAUUAUCACUAUACGCCGUAUAGUGAUAAUAGUAUGGAAGAUGAUUCUGUAAAAAUUGUUAAUCAUAAUAUAGCAAGUACUAGGGAACUAUUUAAGUUAUUUUGUUUGGCUAAACUAGCUAAUAUUUUUCCAAAUUUAUACUUAGUUUUAAAACUAUCUAUAACAUUACCUGUAACCAGCUGUAGUGUAGAGAGAACAUUUUCUAAAUUGAAACUUAUAAAAACAAAGCUAAGAACAACUAUGUCCCAAGAUCGUCUCGAGAAUUUGAUGAAAAUAUCAUGUGAGCAAGAUAUUAUUAAUAAUGAAAAUGUAAUUUUGUUAUUUGCAGCUAAAAGUAGUGUUCUAACUAAAUGUUUGAUUUAUUAA